GACAACGGGCGUUGCCGGCGCCUUGUGACUUCGGGCUGUGGGCGCGCUCGCUGCUCUUCGGCCAUGGUUUUCUCAAAUAAUGACGAAGGCCUUAUUAACAAAAAGUUACCCAAAGAACUUCUCUUAAGAAUAUUUUCCUUCUUGGAUAUAGUAACUUUGUGCCGAUGUGCACAGAUUUCCAAGGCCUGGAACAUCCUAGCCCUGGAUGGAAGCAACUGGCAAAGAAUAGACCUUUUUAACUUUCAAACAGAUGUAGAGGGUCGAGUGGUGGAAAAUAUCUCCAAGCGAUGCGGUGGAUUCCUGAGGAAGCUCAGCUUGCGAGGCUGCAUUGGUGUUGGGGAUUCCUCCCUGAAGACCUUUGCACAGAACUGCAGAAACAUUGAACAUUUAAACCUCAAUGGGUGCACCAAAAUCACUGACAGCACAUGUUAUAGCCUUAGCAGAUUCUGUUCCAAGCUGAAACAUCUAGAUCUGACCUCCUGUGUGUCCAUUACAAACAGCUCCUUAAAGGGGAUCAGUGAGGGCUGCCGGAACCUGGAAUACCUGAACCUCUCUUGGUGUGACCAGAUCACGAAGGAUGGCAUUGAGGCACUGGUGCGAGGUUGUCGAGGCCUGAAAGCCCUGCUCCUGAGAGGCUGCACACAGUUAGAAGAUGAAGCUCUGAAACACAUUCAGAAUUACUGCCAUGAGCUUGUGAGCCUCAACUUACAGUCCUGCUCACGCAUUACAGAUGAAGGUGUCGUGCAGAUAUGCAGGGGCUGCCAUCGGCUACAGGCUCUCUGCCUUUCUGGCUGCAGCAACCUCACGGACGCCUCUCUCACGGCCCUGGCUUUAAACUGCCCAAGACUUCAGAUUUUGGAGGCUGCCCGAUGUUCCCAUUUGACUGAUGCAGGCUUUACACUUUUAGCUCGGAAUUGCCAUGACCUGGAGAAGAUGGAUCUUGAAGAAUGCAUCCUGAUCACCGACAGCACACUCAUCCAGCUCUCUGUCCACUGUCCUAAACUGCAAGCCCUGGAUGGUCUUAGGAUCUUGGGGAGGCGACCAGGUUCAGAACUUCCUCAUGAAUGGGUUAAAUGCUCUUAUAAAAGAGGCUCCAAUGGAUCCUUCCCUGCAUCCACCCCUGGAGGAGUGUACAGCGAGAAGGCAUUGGCUGCAAACCCGGAAGGGGGCCGUCUCCAGCCAUCACAUCACAUCUGCCUGCACCAUGAUCUGGGACUUCCAGCCUCCAAACCGUGAGAGAGAAAUUUCUGUGGUUUAUAAGCCAGCCUCUCUGUAGCAUUUUGUUACAGCAGCAGGAACAGACUGAGACCUGCACCAUCACAAGCCAUGAAGACAUUAAAGGAUGAUAAGGGAAUACUAGGAACACCUCCACAUAAAUCCAUUUGACCACUUCCAGCACAUUUAAAAGCACAGACCAGCACAGCUCAUUCAUUAUAAAACAUCAUUUGAAUAGCUUGUUAGUACUAAAGUAAUUGAUUUAUAAUUUUUAAACUGCCAAAACGGAAAUCUCCAGAUGGUUUCACUGAAGAGUUCUAUCAAACACUGAAGCCAAAUACACAAUUUCUUCCAGAAAAUAGGUGACAGAGUACUUCACAACUCAUAUGAGGCCAAUAAUAACCUGAUAUAAAACCUAGGUAAUAAUAGUACCAAGAGACAAAACUACAGACUAGUAUCCUUCAUAAAUAUAGAAGCAAAUGCCCUUAAAAUAUUAGCAAAUAGAAUUCAGCAAUAUAUAAAAAUAAUUAUACACCCUGACCAAGCAGGGUUUAUUCCAGGGACACAAGUCUAGUUUAAUAUUUGAAAAUGAAUCAGUGUAAUCCACCAUGUUAACAGGCUACAGAAGAAAAAUUAAUGAUCAUAUCAAUUAAAGUAAAAAAAAUUGAUAAAAUUCAAAAGAAAAAGUUCAAGGUAUUUUUUUAAUACAAGAGAAAAAUCCCCUAUCUCAUUUAAAACCCCCAGUUACCAUAUUUCCCCACCUGCCCCCUCAGGGAUAAUCUCUGUGACCAAUGUCUGUUCCUUCUAGAGAAAUUCUAUGUGAGAUUGAGAGAUUUUCUCCCCCCCCCACCCUCCUCCCAGCAAAAGACAAAUGCUGUUUUGCCUUUAAAGGCAGUUGUACUCCCUGCUGUGCAUAUUUGCCGCCUCCCCACCACCACUUCUGCCUUCUCUGGAAUGCUAGUAUAAGCACUUCCAGAAUGUGGCUCUCCUAAUUAGUCUGUAGAUAGACAAUGCCUAACAGUGGCAAACUUGUUUUUCUGAAGUAUCCUUCCCUCCUAACACACCUGCCAUAAACAGAUGAGGAAAUAAAAACAGCCUUAAAUCCAUAGGAUACCAGGGGUAGGCAAAAUAAUGCAGGAGAGGGGAAGCUUAUUAAGGCUAGCCUGAGUUUAUUUUAAUGGGCAAGUUUCAACUUCUUUGAGUCUUGAUUUCCUCAUCUGUAAAAUGGCAAUCAUAAUACCUACUCCAUAGGGAGGCUGUGAAGCAUAAAUGAGAUAAUAUGUAAACAAUGAGUGGCAGAUGGCUUUGACUAUUGACUGUUUAUUAGCAUAAACUAAAAGUCCCUCUGCUCUGUGAACCAUAUUGGCAGAUUUUCCUAGGAACUCACGGAACACGUCAAGCUUGUUUGACAUGUGGCCCCUCUGAUUAUCCUUAAAUUAAACCAGUUUUUAAAUUAUAUAAAUACUUACCUAUGCCAGUAUAGAAGCCUGGGUGGCUCAGUGGGUUAAGCCGC